CGAGACACUUGGGGUGCCGUGCGCGACGUUGUAUACUGUGUUCUUCAUCAUGAGCAAAAUUAAAAUCAUGAUCAUUAAUUAUCCUCGAACCUAAGACAAACUCAUUGCAUUUACAAGGAUGUACCAACGAUGCACAAUCAUUUGCAUUGGUUGAUUUUUCCAUUUGCAACCCCAGCCGGCCAAGUACUUUGGGGUAACAGCGUGACCGUGACGUUUAACCGCAUAUUUUUUUUUUCAUAAAUUCGUCAAAAGUGUAAUUUUAAUUCCACGGCCAGUGCACUUGUGAUUACUAAAAGCCUUGUAACCGGGAAGACAGAAAACAUAAUGGCAGACAGGGUUAACCCUCUAACACAGCCAAAAGUGAGGUUCACCCAGUCCCCAGAGGAGUCUGGCCCCUUCCGUGGGCCCAGAAUCCGGGAAAUCGUGACCCUGAAACAUCCAGUGAGGCUGGUUCCUCUUCCUCCAGAAGAAAAUACUUCCUCUGAAGGGGAGAACGUUGUUCCAGGUCUGCAACCACUUUCAACAGCCACAACUUCGUCAGGGGCACCUUCACAGCCUCAAGUUCCAGUCAUCCAGCUGAUCAAAAAAUCCCCAACAAUCCCAACGUCCUCAGAGACCUCCAGAAGGUCCAAAACAACCUCUCACGACUUAGAGUAUCUCCAAAAAAAAUUGGAGGAGCUCAAAACGUCAGAUAAAAUCCGACAGAAAAUUCCUUUGACUUCGAAAGACUCGAAAAGAUCUCCGGAAGCAAAAAAAAAUGUUAAAUUUCCCGAAAAAACAUUGUCGAAGACAAUUCUCAGGUCUAAAAAUACCCUAGCCAGUCAGGCGAAACCGCGAAGGCCCCCAGGACCUGACAGAGUAACCGGAAACAAGGAAAAUGUGGGUAAAAAAGAGUUGAACUCAGCUGAGGGAAAUCUUUCGCAAAAAAAAAUAAAAAAUAUUCAGAAGAAGGAAAAUAUUCGUCCUGACAUUGUGAGUGGGUCUGCGGCAAGGGUCGAAGGGAGUAAGGCUGAAGUGUGCCCCCGAAGGGGCCCCACGACUGCUGGAAAAAAAGAAUUGAGACUGAUGCCGUGUAUGAAGGGGAAGAGAGCCCCGGAUACUAAAAGAACUCAAGUCAAUGUUUUGAGGCAUGUGUCCAGGCCCAUUCCAAGGGUCUUUGUGGGGCCUGGGGUGGUUCGCGAUCGUGGGAGUGGUCAAGAGGGGCCCGAGGAGAUACAGAUGAGGGGUGACGGUGCUACUGAAGAUCAGCUCAAUCGACCGGAAUACAAUUCCAUCGUCUGUACAAUCAAGAAAUUGGAAGAAGCAAAAAAGAAAAAAGUUGUGGGGAAUUUCGAAACUCUACCCAGGAUUUACAAGGAUCUUGUCAAUGGAAAGAUAUCAUCAUCCCUGGACUUUCCCGCCUUUGAAUCAGUCUACCACGACCUAGUGGACAUAAGCAUAGACGAGAAACAAUUACCUUUGCGAUUAACGAGAAGCAAAGAUCCAGAGCCUCGUCCCAAAGACUUCAUUCCAAAUCUCUCAGAUUUCUUCUUCCCUCAGUACCCAAAAGAAUAUUCGAUAGCCGUUAAAAUCAGGCCCAGAACUCCGGAAAACAUCGAUAACUGGAGUGGUUUCAAUAUUAGUGAGAGAAUAAAUUCUUGGAAAAUGGCCCCGAAUGAAUCAUCGACUUAAAUCAACUGCAGUUGAUAAAAAUUUCUAUUUUCCAAUGAGAGUUAAUUUAAUAGUUCUCGUAGAGGUAUUUCAUUCACUCCAAUUAAUUCCCUAAAUGUUUUAUUGAACUCUUGACAAUAUCUAAUGACCAAUUAUUCUUUUUUUCUAUAGAUCUACUAUAUUUUUUAAACUGUAUAUUUUUUAAUACAUUUUCGUACGAAUUGAAUAAUAAA